CUUCUCCUCCUCCUCCUCUGCCGUCGCUGGUUUGGCUCGAGCCGCUAUGGCUCGAGGUGCUACCGGAUGGGCUCUUCCCGCGAGGCGGCCAUCAAGAAGUGCGGAAAAGCAGCGCAAUGGAGCGCAGCAUUGGAUUUGUUCUCGAAAGCCACUCGGCUGAUACUCGCGGAAGUCUACCCAGGCACAGGCAAGUUCGUCGUAAAGCGAAAAGAACUCAGCCCAGGCUAUUACAUUGCGACUGUCGGCGCAUGCGGGAAAGGCAGCCAGUGGCAGCGGGCUUUGGCGCUUCUCGGCGAGAUGUUGGAAGCGAAGCUGGAGCCAGACGUCGUUCAGCUACAGCGCUGGGAUCAGCGCGUGCGAGAAGGGCGAGCAGUGGCAGCGGGCUCUGGCGCUGCUCAGCGAUAUGCGGGAUGCUAAGCUGGAACCCAGCGUCAUCAGCUUCAAUGCUGGGAUCAGCGCGUGCGAGAAGAGCGAGCAGUGGCAGCGAGCUUUGGCGCUGAUCAGCGAGAUGUGUGAGGCGAAGCUGGAGCCCAACGUUACCGCUACAGCGCUGGGAUCAGCGCGUGCGAGAAGGGCAAGCAGUGGCAGCGGGCUGUGGCGCUGCUCAGCGAGAUGUGGGAAGCGAAACUUAGACCUGGCGUCAUUUUCAGCUACAGCGCCGGGAUCAGCGCGUGCGAGAAGGGCGAACAGUGGCAGCGGGCUCUGGCGCUUCUGGGCGACAUGUGGAAUGCAAAGCUGAGGCCCGAAUCAGCUACAAUGCUGGUAUCAGCGCGUGUGAGAAGUGCGGGCAGUGGCAGCGUUCUCUGGCGCUGCUGAGCGAGAUGCGGGAAGUGAAGCUGGACCCCAAUCACCUACAGCGUUGGGAUCAGCGCGUGCGAGAAGGGCAGGCAGUGGCAGCGCGCUGUGGCGCUGCUGAGCGAGAUGCGCGAGGCGAAGGUGGAGCCCAACUCAGCUACAACGCUGGGAUUAGCGCGUGCGAGAAAGUCACACUGUGGCAGCAGGCCUUGUCGCUGCUCGACGAGAUGCGGGAGGUGAAAUUAGAGCUCGACAUCAUCAGCUACAGCUCUGGGAUCAGCGCAUGCGAGAAGGGAGAGCAGUGGCAGCGGGCUUUGGCGCUGCUCAUCGACAUGCGGGAGGCUGUAUUGGAGCCCGACACCAUCAGCUACAACGCUGGAGUCAGCGCGUGCGAGAAGGGCGAACAGUGGCAGCAGGGUUUGGCGCUUCUCAGGGAGAUGUGGGAGGCGAAGCUGGAACCUAACGUCAUCAGCUACAACGCCGGGAUCAGAGCGUGUCAGAAAAAGGGGCAGUGGCAUUGGGCCUUGUCGCUGAUCAGCGAAAUGUGGGAGGCGAGUGUAGAGCCCGAUGCCAUUAGCUACAGCGCUGGGGUCAGUGCAUGCGCGAACGGCGCGCGGUGUCUUCAAGCAUUAUCGUUGCUCAGAGAAAUGCAAUUGAUAAUAUUUGGUCCUGGCUUCACUGCCGAUGUGUUUGUGAUCAACAUGAGCGAACAAGGCAGGCAAUGGAAGCAGGUGUUGCCGUUAGUCACGGAGGUACGCGACUCCAUCAUUGCAUAAUGCAGUGGAGAAGCGUUGUAUGGACAUGGAUGUUGAGAUUCUUGAUCGGCCCCAUAUGGCGCCCUGCUGUGUACUGGUGCACACAGAUUGUGACGCCCGCCGCGCACCUGAAGUCCGAGCAGUAGUUGCAACGGUAGCCCUCUCAUGGAAGAGGAUGCUGGAUUCAGAGCAAAGAUUAUUUCAUGCACGACUUCUACGGGACGUCGUCUUCCACGGAGUUGCAGGCAAAGCAAUAUGUGGGGCAGACGCGAACAUGGUUUACAUUACAUGGAGCGCCGUGGAAAGUCUCAUUGGAGUUGUAUCUUGCGUUGGCUCAGGAUCGCCACCGCGGAAAAGGUUUCGACCCGUUGCAAUGCUGAGAUCAGCGCGUGCGCGAAAGGUGCGAGAUGUUUGAGGCUGCAUCGCCGUUCAGCGAAAGCUUUGAGAGGGGAAUGAACAACACAGAUGUCACCACCUACUGAGUUGUAAGCGGCACGCGCAGCAAGGCAUGCAAUGGAAGCAGGUGCUG